AUGUCGUUAUCUUUGAGGAAAAGUUUAUUUUCCAUGAGUCGUCAGGUGGUUUGUUUGAGACGAUUUCAAAUCUGUACCCGUUCAUUUCAACAAGAACAAGGCAAGGAACAGGUUAAUUUAUUCACGUCGAAUAAUAGUGCCCAACCUUUUCAAGGUGGGAGAAAACCUAAUUUUGGUGGCUCGAAACCACAGAUUACUGUUGACCGUGAACUUCCAUAUCCCUACAAAAAGCGUGACGAGAAUAGGAUUUAUUUUGUUGUUUUUGCUGUUGGAAUAACGCUUUCUUGUUUGGUUAUCUUCAAUUAUGAGAAAUCGUCUUCUCCAAUUAUUAACUCAAUUCUUUACUAUUUGCGAAGGUCUACUAUAGCCCAAGACGCAUUGGGCAAAGAUAUUGAUUUUGCUUCUAGUUGGCCGUGGAUUUGGGGCACUUUGAACACAGUGCAGGGUAAAAUCGAUAUCAAAUUCAAAGUUAAGGGUUCUGAGCAAAAAGGCUGGUUGAUUUUGAAAGCAGAUAGAGAAUCCAAGAUGCAUCCGUUUGUAAUAAGUGAGUUUGUUUUAGAGGUGGAUACUCCUGAUAGUAAAGUAGCAUACGAUAUGAGAUUGGAUCCUGAGUACGAAUUUGACCUUUAG